GCGCCGCACUUGGUACGCCCCAGCGGAGAGGCCAGGCCCAGCCGGGGCUGUACAAUAGGGUUGGGCCGCGGCCGGGACUGGGUCGGCGUCGGGCUGAGAGCCCGAGCGCGACCGGAGCUGACAGACCCCGGGCCUCGACUUCCCCGGAGCACCGCGGCUUCCGAGUCCUUGCCCGCAAGGCGGGCCGGCCGUGAUGCGCCGUGGGACUCCUGUCCUGGCCUCGGGCCGCCGCCGCCUCCGCCUCUGAGACGCCAGGACCCCCUCCCCUCAGUGACGCCGCAACCGUGGAACGCUGCCCGCGUGCGGAGCCGGGACCGGGCGCGCCCCCAGCUAUGGCUGCCAGGAUCCCAUCAGAGCCAAGACCUUCUCCAGAAGGUGACCCUUCCCCACCACCACCACCACCACCAACGUCAUCCCUGGUCCCUGACACUCCUCCAGACACCCCUCCUGCCAUGAAGAAUGCCAUUAGCCCUAAGCAGCUCCCACUGGAACCAGAGAGCUCCCCAGGGCAGGUUGAUCAUAGGCCAGUCCCCCCACCGGAGGAAUCCCUUUCAUCAGAAGCAAAGAGCCCACCAGCCACAGGCCCACAGGAUGCUAGACCUCCUCAGAGGAGCAGCGAGCCAGCCCCAAUAGCAGUGCCAGCCUCCGACAGCCCUCCCCCCAAGCAAGAUGUAAAGAAGCCAGGAGAGAGACAUAAGCUGGCAAAGGAGCGGCGAGAAGAGCGGGCCAAGUACCUGGCGGCCAAGAAAGCAGUGUGGCUGGAGAAGGAGGAGAAGGCCAAGGUGCUUCGUGAGAAACAGCUCCAGGAGCGCCGCCGGCGGCUGGAGGAACAGCGUCUUAAAGCUGAGCAACGCAGAGCUGCCCUGGAGGAGCGGCAGCGGCAGAAGCUGGAGAAAAACAAGGAACGUUAUGAAGCAGCCAUCCAGCGGUCAGUGAAGAAGACCUGGGCUGAAAUCCGGCAGCAGCGCUGGUCCUGGGCAGGGGCCCUUCAUCACAGUUCCCCAGGAAAUAAGACCAGUGGGAGCAGGUGCUCCGUGUCGGCAGUAAACCUGCCCAAACACGUGGACUCUAUAAUCAACAAGCGGCUCUCAAAGUCCUCUGCCACGCUCUGGAACUCCCCCAGUAGAAAUCGCAGCUUGCAGCUGAGCGCGUGGGAGAGCAGCAUCGUGGAUCGUCUGAUGACGCCCACCCUCUCCUUCCUGGCUCGGAGUCGCAGCGCAGUCACACUGCCCCGCAACGGCCGGGACCAGGGUAGGGGCUGCGGCUCUGGGAGACGUCCGGUGAGGGGCCGGGCAGGGACCAGCCUCCCGCCUAGGCCGCACCCCGACCGCCCUCGUCCCUCCGCAGCCGUGCCCGUGUGCCCGCGCUCGGCCUCUGCCAGCCCCCUGACGCCGUGCACUGCCUCCCGAAGUGUGCACCGCUGCGCCCCCGCCUCCGGGGAGCACGGGGAGCGGCGCAAGCCCAGCGCCGGGGGCAGCCCCGCGCACGUUCGCCACCGACCCGAGGCCUCGCCGGUGCAGAAGAAGGAGAAGAAGGACAAAGAGCGAGAAAACGAGAAGGAAAAGAGUGCCCUGGCUCGGGAGCUCAGCCUCAAGCAAAAGCGGCAGUCCCUACCGGCACCUGCACGCCCGCGCCUGUCCUCGGGCCCCGCCUCCGAGCUCAGCCCCAAAUCUAAGGCCCGCCCAUCCUCUCCCUCCAUGUCCUGGCACAGGCCUGCCUCCCCCUGCCCCAGCCCAGGCCCAAGCCACACUCUGCCUCCAAAACCACCAUCUCCUCGAGGCACCACUGCAUCGCCCAAGGGACGCAUUCGGAGGAAGGAGGAGGCAAAGGAGAGCCCCAGCACCUCGGGCCCUGAGGACAAGAACCAGAGCAAGAGGAGGGCCUGUGAGGGGAAGGAGCUAGCAGCCCCAGCCUCACCAGCGCCCUCGCCCACGCCCUCACCUAGCCCAGCACAGCCCACUGCAGAGAUCCCUGCAGGUGGGCAUGAAGAGCAGGCUGGCAGGACAGAGAAGCCAGAUACUGCUAUCCUGACCCCACCCCCAGCCCCUGCUCCCCCGGUGACCCCUAGCAAGCCCAUGGCGGGCACCACAGACCGAGAAGAGGCUACUCGGCUCCUGGCUGAGAAGCGGCGCCAGGCCCGGGAGCAGCGGGAGCGCGAGGAACAGGAGCGGAGGCUGCAGGCAGAAAGGGACAAGCGAAUGCGGGAGGAGCAGCUGGCAAGGGAGGCAGAGGCCCGAGCAGAGCGGGAGGCCGAGGCCCGGAGGCAGGAGGAGGAAGAGGCCCGAGAGAAGGCGCAAGCCGAGCAGGAGGAGCAGGAGCGGCUGCAGAAACAGAAAGAGGAAGCUGAAGCUCGAUCUCGCGAAGAAGCCGAGCGGCAGCGUCUGGAGCGGGAAAAGCACUUCCAGAAGGAGGAGCAGGAGCGGCAGGAGCGCAGAAAGCGCCUGGAGGAGAUAAUGAAGAGGACUCGGAAGUCAGAAGUUGCUGAAACCAAGCAGAAGCAGGACAGAAAGGAGGCAAAAGCCAACAAUUCCAGCCCAGACCCUGAGAGAGCUGUGGAGACUCUGCCCUCAGUGCUGCAGAAGGAGGCAAUGCAGAAGGAGGAGCCAGCCUCCCAGGAGCCACAGUGGAGCCUGCCAAGCAAGGAGCUGCCAGGGUCCCUAGUGAAUGGGCUGCAGCCUCUCCCGGCACAUCAGGAGAAUGGCUUCUCCCCCAAGGGACCCUCUGGGGACAAGAGUCUGGGCAGAACCCCAGAGGCACUCCUGCCCUUUGCAGAGGCAGAAGUCUUCCUCAAGAAAGCUGUGGUGCAGCCCCCACAAGUCACAGAUUUAAUCCAGGGUCUUGACACUAAACUUGACAUCCCAGCCCUUUUCAUUUUGAGACAGUCUCACUACGUCACUAAGUUGCCCAAGCUGGGCUCAGACUCAAGAUCUUCCUGCCUCAACCUCCCAGAGUCCUGGGAUCACAGGCAUGUGCCACCAUACAUGGCUAAAGCUUCCUCAUUUUUGAAAAGAAACACAGUGUGGAGCCAGCCUCUGAUGUGACCUCUCAAUGUCCCCUAUUAUUCACACCCUUGUAUGGGCCCUUCCCACAUGUGACCAAUAGAAUACAGUAGAAGUAAGGGCAUGUUGUGCCUCAAUUCCAUUAUAAAAGGCACUGCGCCCUCUGUCUUGAUCCACUCCUGCUCGAGUCGCUCAUCCUGGAGGAAGGCAGCUCCUGGGUCAGAAGAGCUGACACAGAGGCCCACAUACCAAGAAGUAGAAGCGUCCUUCCGGGGGCCGUGUGAGUGAAUUUGGAAGCAUAUCCUCCAGCCCAGUUUAGCCUUCAGAUGACUUCAGUCCUCCUCAACAGCUUGACUGUCCCCUCCUGAAAGACCCAGAGCUAGAACCAACCAUCUGAGCCACUUCUGGGGUUCUAACUAGAGACUGUGCCCCCCCUACAGUACUGGGGAUUGAACCCAGGGCCUCAUGCAUGCUAGGAAAGUGCUCUACCACUGAGCUACACCUCCAUUCCUUUC